AAAUUUUUGACAGUUCACAAUCAAUCGAUUGACAGAAGUUUCUGUUUUGUGCAAAGCCAAUUUUGAAGAAGAAAGAAAGUCGAGAAUAACGGAAAAUUAAUUUCAACCAAUUUAUUGAUCGUACUUUGACUGUGAACGGCAACCAAGGCCCGUUCACUCUCUUCCUUCUCGGUCUUCUAUCAUCGUUCGACCAGAAAUCGUCAAAGUCCCAACAGAACGCACGUUAUGGACGGCGAAAACUCGGCCAGCGAUGAGAAUUCCAGCCCGGUUUACAAGUCAAAAGAAAAUUCAGAUAAACAUCACGGCGUGAACGGCAUUAGCAACGGAUACUCCGAUAAUAACAAACACAAAAGUCACAAAUCUUCCUCUGAUCAUAAAGAUAAACACCGCGACAGAGAACGCGACAAAGAUCAUCAUCGGGAUAAAAGUAAAAGUAAAGAUCAUAAAAGUUCGAGUCGCGACAAAGAUCGACAUAGUAGUUCAAAAGACAAAGAUAAACAUAGCUCGUCAUCGCAUAAAUCGUCAUCGAGCAAAGAUAAAGAAAAACAUCGGGAUAAAGACAGACAUAAGGACAAAUCGAAAGAUAAAGAUAGGGAGCAUAAAGAAAAAGAACAUAAAUCGAAAGAUAAAGAUCGCGAAAAGGAUAAAGAUAGGAGAGAUAAAGAAAAAGAUAGACAUAAAAGUAGUUCAUCUUCAUCGAAAGAUAAAGAGAAACAUAGAGACAAAGAUAAACACAGAGACAAAGAUGGGAAAGAUAGACACCAUUCCUCUUCUAGAUCGAGAGAUAAAGACAAGGAUAGAAAAGAAAAAGAAAAUAGAGAUAGAAAAACAUCGGAUCAAAAAUACGAAUCAAAACGAGUUAAAACUUUAUCGGAUUCGUCGAAAGAAGAUUCCGUAGACGAAGACGAUCAAAAGUUAGUGAUCAAAGAGGAAGUUGAUUCGCAGAAUAGCGACGAUCAUAAAUUGGUGAUCAAAGAAGAAAAUAGUGACGAUCAAAACAUUUCGCAAGCAAGCAGUUGCGAUUAUAACUUAUCUCAAUUUAAAGAGGAAUCGAAAUUUGACGGUUACGAUGAUGACGAUGACGAUUACAAAGAUAAUUCGCAACUAAAAACGACGUUUAAAGAUGAAGAUGAGGCCGACGACGGCGAAGAAAAUGAAAAUGAAGAAGCAGCACCAGAAGAAGAAAGUGAAGAAGAUGACAUUCCCAUUGCAAAACGGAUACCGUCGAAGAGAAAGAUGGAAGAUAGUGAGGACGAAGAAGAUGAUAUUCCGCUAGGGAAACGAAAAAAAGCGAAAAAAGAAAAGAAAAGUAGUAGCAAAAAGAGAAGACAUCGUCAAAACGAUUAUGAUGAAGACGAGGAGGACGAAGAUGAGGAGGAGGAUGAAAAACCAGUCAAAAGGGAGAAGAAGAGUAGUAAGACGAAAACUAAAGUGAAGGAGAUAAAAAUCGAAGAUGGUGCUGCACCUAAAAAACGGAAGAAGAAGGAGGAAGAAGAACAGGAAGUUUGGAAAUGGUGGGAAGAAGAUAAACGACAAGACGGUGUAAAAUGGUCAUUUCUUGAACACAAAGGUCCCGUGUUUGCACCACCAUACGAAAGGCUACCAAAAGAUGUAAAAUUCUUUUACGACGGCGACGAAAUGAAACUUUCCGAAGAAACGGAAGAAGUUGCUGGUUUCUAUGCAAAAAUGCUUGACCACGAUUACACGACAAAAGACAUCUUCAACAACAAUUUCUUUAAAGACUGGCGCAAAGUUAUGACUGAUAAAGAACGCUCGAAAAUAACAAAUCUUAGUAAAUGCAAUUUUAAACAGAUGCAUGCUUAUUUCAUGGAUAUCGCUGAAAAGAAUCGAAAUCGAACGAAAGAAGAGAAACAAGCACUCAAAGAAAAAAAUGAAGCGAUUUUAAAAGAAUACGGUUUUUGUACCAUUGAUGGUCAUCGCGAGAAAAUCGGGAAUUUUAAAAUUGAACCCCCCGGAUUGUUUCGUGGUCGUGGGGAACAUCCAAAAAUGGGAAUGUUAAAAAGGAGAGUUCAGCCGGAAGAUGUCUUAAUUAAUUGUAGUAAAGAUUCGAAAAUUCCUGUUGCGCCAGAAGGUCAUAAAUGGAAGGAGGUUCGCCAUGAUUCUGGCGUUACUUGGUUAGCUUCCUGGACCGAAAACGUACAAAAUCAAGUUAAAUAUGUUAUGUUAAAUCCCAGUUCGAAAUUAAAAGGCGAAAAAGAUUGGCAAAAAUAUGAAACGGCGCGUCGUUUACAUAAAUGUAUCGAUAAAAUCCGAAAGGAAUACCAAUUAGACUGGAAAUCAAAAGAGAUGCGCAUCCGACAAAGAGCUGUGGCACUUUACUUCAUUGAUAAAUUAGCAUUAAGAGCUGGAAAUGAAAAAGAUGAAGAUCAAGCGGAUACCGUCGGUUGUUGUUCGCUCCGCGUUGAACAUAUUCAAUUAUUAGAACAUAAAGAUGAUAAAGAUUAUGUUGUCGUUUUUGAUUUUCUCGGUAAAGAUUCAAUUCGUUAUUACAACGAAGUUCCAGUUGAAAAAAGAGUUUUUAAAAAUUUACAACUGUUUAUGGAAAAUAAAUCAACAGGCGAUGACCUUUUCGAUCGUUUAAACACCACCGUUAUGAACAAACAUCUUAACGAAUUAAUGGAAGGUUUAACAGCGAAAGUUUUUCGUACUUAUAACGCUUCCAUAACAUUACAACAACAAUUAGACAAAUUAACUAAUCCUGACGAUUCGGUUACAGAAAAAAUUUUAGCUUACAACCGCGCGAAUAGAGCGGUUGCUAUUUUAUGUAACCAUCAACGUUCGGUGCCGAAAAGUCAUCAAAAAUCAAUGGAAAAAUUAAAAGAGAAAAUCACCGCGAAAAAAGAUGCAAUUUCCGAUGCAGAACGACAGGUUAAGGAUGCACAAAGAGAAGCGAAACGAGGGAGUGUUAAAGAAAAAGUUGUUUUGGAUAAGAAAAAGAAAGCUUUGCAACGUUUAAAAGAACAAUUAUUAAAGUUGGAGGUUCAAGAAACUGAUCGUGAUGAGAAUAAAACAAUCGCUUUGGGAACGUCUAAAUUGAAUUAUUUAGAUCCGAGAAUUUCCGUUGCUUGGUGUAAAAAAUAUGAUGUCCCAAUUGAUAAGAUUUAUAACAAAACUCAAAGAGAUAAGUUUCGUUGGGCUAUUGAUAUGGCUGGACCGGAUUAUAUCUUUUAAAAAGAAAGGUAAAAAUAUUAAUGAAUUAUUUAAAAAAAUAGGAGUAAUUGGUUUGGUCCUGAA